UUUUUGCGAAUCACUACUUAACAGAUCAUCCACGGUUCAGAUGCAUUAAUUAACCGCAAAUGAUAUCUGGUACGAAUCAUUUCUUCGAUAGCACUAGUACUUACCUUGGAAUACGAAUUUCGGUACCAGUACGUAGCUGCUUCUGUGCAUCCGUACAUGGCGCCAAGAAUUAAUUAACCGCAGGCAGGCGUACGCUCCCUAUUUCAGAUCGAAUUAGCUGGUGAUACCGAGAAUAUAUUCUCCCAUCUGCGGAUCCUCGCUGUCCAUCAUUCCUCCCAACCUGAGUGCCGAGAUUGUCAGCGGGCAGCUUGCAGAAUCCUCGCCAUGUUCCGAGCUUGCUGGACGCGACGGGCCACAUUCCAUGAGCGUCUCCAUAUAUACAUACCUCCACAUCAAGCAAGCCACUUAGAUCCCCGCAAUAUACAAAUGCGUACGUACAAGGCCAACACUGGCACUAGCUGAUCACUAGCACUUCUCCAUCCAUCACCAGGGAGAUCGAUCUUGCAGCUAGCUGUUGCACUUGCAUUGCGGUUCCUCUUUUUAGAGUUGACAUAUCUGGAUUAGGCAUUGCGUGCGGUAGGAGAUGGCGGGAGGACGCGUGAACUUGGCCGUGGCGCUCUUGUUGGCGCUGCAUGGGCUGCUGCCGCCGUCCGCCCACGCCGCCCUGCAGGACGGGUUCUACGGUGCCAGCACCAACUGCACCGUCGACGUCGAGGCCGUCGUGCGGGGCGUCGUCGAGCGGCACGUCUCCCGGCUCGGCGACGGCGGCUCCGGCGCCGGGCUCAUUCGCCUCCACUUCCACGAUUGCUUUGUCAAGGGCUGCGAUGGUUCCGUCCUCAUUGAUCCGAGCCCCGUCAACCCGGACCCCGAGAAGGCCUCGCCGGCGAACGGCGGCCUCCGCGGGAUCGACGUGGUGGAGGAGGCGAAGAGGCAGCUCGAGGCCUUGUGCCCCGGCACCGUGUCGUGCGCCGACAUCCUCGCCUUCGCCGCCCGGGACGCGGCCAACGUCCUCAGCUCCGGGGCGAUCAGCUACGACGUCCCCUCGGGCCGCCGCGACGGGCUCACCUCUGACGCGGCCGACGCCAGCCAGAGCCUGCCGCCGCCGUUCGCGCAGCUCGGCGACCUCGUCCGCGCCUUCGCCUCCAAGGGCUUCGGCAUUGACGAGCUCACCAUGGACCCGAGCUACGGCGCCGACAUGCGGUCGCGGUGCCCCGAGGACGCCGGGGCGGGGGAAUGGGUCGCGCAGGACCAGGCGACGCCGGGGGACCUCGACGGCCGGUACUUCGAGAACGUGCUCGCCGGGAGGGUGCCCUUCAGCUCGGACCGGGCGCUGAUCGACGACGGCGAGACGAGGCGGAUGGUGGAGGACAACUCGGGGGACCAAGGGGAGUGGGCGGCCAGGUUCGCUGCCGCCAUGCGGAAGAUGAGCGAGCUCGCCGGCACCGGCGAGGGCGAGAUCAGGGAGUUCUGCCACGUGACAAACAGAGGCUAGCGACGGGGGCAUCGUCCAUCACGGUCAAUCAUCAGUCGUAAAAAGAAAAACUUGGUUUUAUUUAUUUAUAGCUUUGUUUUCGUAUUUUUUGUUGAUACAUGUGAUUGUGGAAAAUCAUUUCUGGGUGAAAAUAUCGUGGGAACGA